GUCGCUGUCCGAUACAGAACGUUUAAAAAGAUUUAUUCCUGGAUGACACAAAAUUAGGUGAAAGUAUCAAAUUGGAUUUUAUGUUUUUAAAUUCCGAUUAGCUUGUUGAGUCUCAACGGACAGUUUCACCUUCAUUAAACAGAGCCAACAUGAGUCAGACGUCAACUGAACAGAACGACUCUCGGUUCAACAAUGUUUCCACUGGUUUGGCGCUGAAUAACUUCUCAAAUUCAGAUGACGAGUUCGAUGACAUGAGUGAAGGUCGUUUCCAACCUGUUGUAGACGUUCCAGCGAUUGCGUUGGCGGUAUUUAUAGUCAUCAUUAACAGUUUAGCUUUGAUAAUGGUGGCGAAGAAAACAUACUUGAGAUCCAUCACCAAUCUACUGCUGUGUAGCCUGGCUUUAUCCGACCUCCUUACUGGCUUGGUCUCUGUGCCACUGUUUAUCACGUGUAACAUCGUCCGUAGAUUAGCAGUUUGUCUCACUGAAGAGCAAUUGUCUCGGUUCAUCUCAGCCUCUAUUGUGUCUCAUCUGAUGUCCGUUGUGAUUGACAGAUAUCUGGCAAUUGUACACCCUUUGCGGUACACGUCACUGGUAACACUCCGCAGGUGUGCCAUAGUUAUCAUCUUUAUCUGGACAUCAUCGGCCGUCACUGCAUUGGUGCAAUUAACUUGGCUCGAUCCAUUCAACCACGAUCCACAUGACGAAGACCUGACGGACUCCUUCCAAAGAACAGAACUCGUCUAUGACAUACUGUUUCUCAUUCUAUUUUUUUUAAUUCCUUUGAUGAUCAUGUGCUUUACCUAUGCGAGAAUAAUCUUUGAGAUAAUUCGUCAAAGUCGUAACAUCCGGCGAGAAAAUACGCCCAGCUUACCAAACACUAGGAAGAGAUCUAGGAACCACCAUGAGUGGAGAGCCAUUGCAAUCUUCGCCGCCAUGAUGUUCGUUUACAUUAUCUGUUGGCUGCCUUAUUUUAUGCUUCGCCGAUUCGAUUUGUCGGCGUUGCCAGACACUUUUAUACUGGCUGUUGUUUGGUUGAGGUACCUUGUGUCGCUUUUAAACCCUUGUAUGUACAUAUUUGGCAAAAAAGAUUUUCGAAAAGCUCUGCUUGAACAUGUGCUACCAAUGAAGCUGCAACGAAAUUCCUCGUCUACGAAAUCAACGGCUUUAAGAAGUACUGUAAACGCCGACGACUUCUUUAGUAGGAGAGGUGGAGGUUACACGGAAAUUGGCAGAAGAAAGGAAACUUCAGUUAUCUGAUGAAUGCCUUUUUAAGCUUGAAUCUGAAACGUGAUUCUCACCACUAGUUGCCAUAUAUGAAUGUGUAAAUAUGUUUAAAAAAAUUGAUAUGAGUCACACAACGGUUUCACCCUCUAACUGAUGUUUUUGUCUUUCCUCGUCAAUUCAAUGCACUAGAUUGUGUAUCUUUGUAAUAUAAGUAGACGAUAGAUCAAAACUGCUGCAUGAAAAGGGAGGAAAAUAAAUGGUCCAUACAUGAAUUAAAGAAUGAUUUACUAAUAGGUCCUGUUUCAGAAUUAUUGCAUCUCACUCAAACACAUGGGUGGCGAAUGGCCCGCUGAAAAAUCGUGGUUCUCGCAAACUUUUUCUCCUAUCACGAAAUCUUGUCCGCGAUAACCUUCGAAGUCUCGUUCAUAAAGCAGAUUUUUAUGUGGGAGUCUAGCAUUCCUCAGUUCAAAUAUUUCGAGUCUGUGAUUUGUUUUUAAUAGCCAGAGAUCUCAUUAAAAGAUAGCUAGAAUAGCUUAGAGUUUUUUCUUUGUGAGCCACGGAAGCCUGUGUGAUCGCUUUCAAGUUUAAAAAUAUUGCAACGUGGAAGAAGAUACCUCUACAGCACGACUUGUACAGCAUAACAUAGGAUAACAUAGAAUACUCUUCACGGCCAGUGGCUGUAUUGUUAAUGAUUCAAUAACUGAUAUAUAUCAAGAAGUUUCGGGCUUUUACUUGGCCUUUCUCUAGACUCCACACUUCAGGUUGGAGAACUUAUGAUCAAAAGAAUGUAAAAACCAUCUAGAUUU